UCACGUCACCAAGAGUCACAGAGCCCUCUGUGAUGUCAUAAAGCGCUCAGCAGACCUGGGGCCCCACAAGCACAGCCCCCACAAGCACAGUGUCUGCUGGUGCAGGUGCUAGUGCAGGUGCUGGUGCUGGUGCUGGUGCUGGUGCAGGUACUGGCAGUGUUGGCACUGGUGGUGUUGGUGGUGCUGGUGGUAGUGCCCAGUCUUGACGGAUCAUGGAGAAGAUCCGGAAGUUUUUCCGGACAUUGAGAAAGACACGGAGAAGGUGGAGUGCUCGCGUGCACCCCAUGGACUGCACAGAGCAGGAAAGUCAGGGAGAAGGCCCUUUGGAAUCUGAAGUGAAGCAGGCAGAGGACAGCGCAGAUGGAGUAUCAGUGGCAAUUUCUGCCCCGCAUGAUCUCUCCAUCACAGACGGGGUGGCAGCGGUACCUUCUGCCCCGCAUGAUCUCUCCAGCACAGAUGGGGAGGCAGCGGUGACUUCUGCCCUGCACGAUCUCUCCAGCACAGAUGGGGAGGCAGCGGUGACUUCUGCCCUGCACGAUCUCUCCAACACAGAUGGGGUGGCAGCGGUAACUUCUGCCCCGCUCGGUUUCUCCAUCACAGAUGGAGUAGCAGCGGUAACUUCUGCCCCGCUCAGUCUCACCGAGACCUUUGAAAGUUACUCGUGCUCAGCAAACGACGCUAAGCAAGGAUUUAAGAGACAACCUGAGCGAUGGCCUUCCUGCCUAGAAGGCCUCUCUGGGAACAUCUCUGAGUUGCAAAAAAGCAACAAGACCUCGUCUCAGCAGCAGAAGAAAUCCAGAAGUAAAGCUCGUAGGCAAAAGAGACAAUUGGAGCAAUUGGAAGAAAUACUCAAGGAAAAGACGUUGGUUUUAGAAGCGACAGAAAAAGCACUGUUCCAGGCCCAGAGGCAGGCAAAGGAAUGCCGUGCUUCACACCUUGCAAAAGGUGAACCGAGAAAAGAAAGUGCAGAGAAGGAAGUUCUGCAGGAACAAGUGGCCCAGCUCCAACGUGAAAACCUUUCACUCCGUCAGCGGCUGGAUGAUGCGCUCAAGACCAGCCAGGCAAGAGCGAGAACAGCCAGACAGCUGCAACAAGAACUUACCGAGGCUGUCGGAAAGCAGCAGAUUGCAGAAGCAUCCCUGAAAACUUCUGCCGACUUAUGCGACUCGCUGAAGAACAAAAUCUCCAAAUUGCAAGAGGAUUUGGACAAGGCUAAUGCCACGGUGUGUGACCUUUCUGCACAGCUAAAGGUGGAACACUCAGAGUUGCUGCUGCAAAAAAGGGCAAAUGAGGAGCUGCGGAUGGAGGAGGCUGUUCUCAAGCAGCGUGUAGAGGCUGCAGUGGCAGAUUAUAAAACAUCAGUGCAGAUUGGAAAGAAGCGUGAAGAAGAAAUGCAAGAGAAACUUGCUGAUAGUUUCAGAAAGCAGUCAAUGUCAGAAAAUUCUCGGAAGCUUUCUGAAGAUUACUGCCGUCACCUGAAGAACGACAUCUCGAAGCUGGAGGAAGACAUGGACAAGGCUAAUGUCAAGGUGCUUGAACUCUCCAUACAGCUGGAGAUGGAACGGCAAAAGUCACUGGAGCUAGAAAUGGCAAAUCGAGCGCUGCAAGACCUGGUUCACCAAUAUCGCCCACAGGCCACUGCAGUGGGCUGUAGCCCAUUCUCACAGAAUAGAAGGUGGCACGAAGGAGGAGCCCCAAAAGAAAUGGGGCAGAAGCCAGAGCCCAGCCGCUUUGUUCCGGCAGCCUCUCAAAGCAGGCUAGAGGAGAUCAACGCCGCAGAAGCAAUGUUUAGAAAGCAGCAGAGGCAGAGAAUUGCAGCUCUGACAUCAGAAAUGGAGAGAGCCCAAAGCAUGCAUCAGGAGAGCUUGCGGCAAAUAGCACACUGGCAAGCAGGGCUAGACGUGUCAGAAAAACUGUUCCUGGUGGGUGAGGACAUUAGAAGAAGCCUUGCAAAUAAGUACGAUGAUCACUGGUGAACGUGAAGUCCGGCCUGCUGGGACCUCUCCUCAGAAUGCUCAAGAAGGACCUUCCACAAAAAUUAAUCAAGUCCGGGAUGCUGCGUUCAGGGCAACACAGUCAUACAACAGUGCUUUGAGCUAAACUUUUGAAGCUGAAAUAAAUACAUCCGACAGUU